AUGCCCGCCAUGCAGGUGCAGCCACGCGAGGAAGAAUCGGAGCUCGCCGUCGGCGAAGCUCCAGCGCCGGCGGAGGACGGUGACGUCGAUGUCGUGGCUAGGGGCGGCGUAAUGGUGGGCGCCAUGGACAAGGAGAGGCAGAUUCCGGUGGAUCCUGUGUCGCUGCGGCACCUGGGCAUGGUGGCCGACGAGGACUCGCCGCUGUCCGCGCCGUCGGUGUUCACGGAGCUGGUGGCGCGGUCGUCGCCGCUGCUGCCGCCAAUCCGGCGGCCCACCUUCGUCGGCGCCAGCCUCCCGUGCUCGGCGGCUUCCUCCCCGGUUCACGGGGCCGCCGAGAAAAGGGAAGAUCCCCCCGCCGCCGCCGCCGCGGGGACACCCAGCCCCACGGCGGCGCUGAAAGCCCUCGCACGGCAGCACUCCGUCGCCCUCGCGCACUACGUUGCCCCCGCGCUGUCGCGGAGCGCGUCCCGUGCCGAGGGGAGGUCCAUGGUGCCGCACGACGACGACGACGACGACGCCGACCCCAAGGCGAUCGUGGAGGACGACAGCUUCAACUGCGGCUCGCUGUGCAUGUUCAUCCCGGGCUUCUCCAAGAAGAAGCCCGCGUCUUCCGCCGCGGCGGCGGCGGUGGUGGUAUCGAGCAUGCGGAGGCAGCAGUCGGGCGGCGCGAGGCAGCGGCGGAGCAGCGUCUCGCGGCUGGCGUCGCUGGAGAGGUUCGAGUGUGGCUCGUGGAGCCCGCCGCUGCCGGUGGCGCCUGCGCCGGCGGCGCACGAGGAGGACUACUUCGCGCAGGAGGUGGCCUGCAAGAGCAGCUGCGCCGACGACACGGAGGCGCCGGUGAAGAUGGCGUUCGUGUUCGACCACGGCGAGCCGCGUGGCAUCCUCAAGAAGUCGGCGUCGUCGCGGCAGGAGUCGGCGAGGCCGUCGACGUCGUCGCAGCGGCACGUGAGGUUCUCGACGGCGAUGGCGGCGUCGUGCCCGACGUCGCCGUGCGUGACGCCGCGGCUGGCGAGGGCGAGGGCCGAGUUCAACGCCUUUCUCGAGGCGCAGAGCGCGUAG